AUGAGUGCCCUUUGUUGGAACUGCCGCGGCGUGGGCAAAGCCGCGACAGUUCGAGAGCUUCACGACCUCGCGAGGAAAUUUGCCCCUAUCGUGCUAUGUAUUGUCGAAACCCAAAUAAAUGGUGCAUGUGUAGAAGCGCUAGCUAGUACUCUUGGUUAUGAUAGAGCUUAUGCUAUUAAUAGUAGUGGUAGAAGUGGAGGCAUUGGUAUUUUUUGGAAUAAUACAGUGGAUGUUGAAAUCUUGGGUGACUCGGUGUACCAUAUUGAUGCUAAGAUAACUGAAUCAGGUACCGAUCCGUGGAGGCUGUCCUGCUUUUAUGGAGAGGCUCAGACACAGUUGAGGCACCAAACAUGGGACCUCAUGAGAGUAUCUCAAGAUCUAGACCGGUGGAAUGUUAAUACUUUCGGUAGUGUCAGAAAGGAGAUAAAGCGUAUCAAACUUGAACUGGAGCAGUUGAGGAAUGACCCUUUGCGUGACAGACCUAGCCAUCAGGAGCUGAAAAUGAAUGAGAACUUGGUAGAAUUGUACCACCGCGAGGAGCUUAUGUGGAGGCAGAGGGCCAGGUUAGAGUGGCUAACCGCAGGGGACAGGAACACCAGAUUUUUCCAUAUGAGGGCUAGUCUCAGGAGGAGAAAGAACAUGAUUAAAGCCCUCUCAAAUGCCUUGGGGGUGCAGGUUGAUGAUCCAACGCAACUCAAGGCUAUGGUCCAAGAGUUUUAUGAAAAUCUAUAUACCACUGAAGGGGUGCAGGACAUAGAAGAGGUGACGAACCAUGUACCUUCCAAGGUAACUCCAGAGAUAAAUGCAAUCUUGUGUGCUCCCUACACAGGCGAAGAGGUGAAAGUUGCUCUCUUCCAGAUGUUCUCGACAAAGGCGUCUGGGCCCGAUGGAUUUCCUGCUCAUUUUUACCAGAGGCACUGGGACCUGUGUGGAGAUGAAGUAACCAAUGCUGUGCUCCGGAUUGUCAAGGGGGAGGAGAGUGUUGAAGCUAUUAAUGAGACUUUGUUAGUCCUCAUCCCUAAAAUAGCAAGUCCGACAUUGAUGUCUCAAUUCAGGCCAAUAAGUUUGUGCAAUGUUCUUUACAAAAUAGCUUCUAAGGUGAUAGCUAACAGACUGAAACAGAUUUUGCCUGAUAUUAUCUCCCAGGAACAAUUGGCCUUUGUGCCGGGUAGGCUCAUCACCGACAACAUCAUAUGCGCGUAUGAGUGCCUUCACUUCAUGAAGAGGAACAGGUCGAAGAGCAAUAGCUUUUGUGCACUAAAGCUUGAUAUGAUGAAGGCCUAUGAUAGGUUGGAGUGGCCAUAUUUGCAGGCCGUAAUGGUUAAACUGGGUUUUGACCAGUCAUGGAUCAACACAGUGAUGGAUGUUGGCCAAUCAGUCAAUGGAACAUUUAGAUAUCUCCGAGAUAGAGUUUGGGAGAAAGUCAGAGGGUGGGUGGAGAAGUUAUUAUCUGCGGCCGGAAAAGAAGUCUUGAUUAAGAGUGAUGUUUAUUCUGUUAAGUUCAUUAUAAGGAGGCGAUGGUUUGUGGCUGGGACAUAUGAUGGUUUCAUCCAUGUGUAUAAUUAUGAAACAAGAAUGGACUCCAUAAAGAGAUUCAAAGUACACCAGUCUAGGAUUACAGACACUGGUAUUUACUCGUCCAGAGCACUGGUCGUCCAUCCAACCAAACCAUAUGUGCUCUCUACUUUUAACAAAAUGAAACUUUGGGACUGGGACAAAGAUUGGGAGUGCAUACAAACAUUUGAUAUGGAACACUCUGCUUCCAUACGUCAAGUAGCAUUUAGUCCAAAAGACACAAACACUUUUGCUAGUGCUUCAAGUGAUCACACAAUAAAGCUUUGGAGACUUAAUUCUUCCAAAUCUGAGUAUACGUUGUGUGGCCAUUCGGACAAAGUGAACUGCCUGGAGUUCUUCACUGGUGAUGGUCAGCAAUAUUUGAUUACUGGCUCUCAAGACUGUACUGCCAAGGUAUGGAGCUUGCAGGAAAAGACAUGUGUUCGUACAAUAGAUGUUUUCAUGUCGCCAGUUGUUUCUGUCAUUUCCCUUCCAGAUACUCCAUAUUUAACUACAGGUUCAGAAGAUGGCACUGUUCAUUUGUGGAGCCGUUCUAGUUUCAGGCUUGAGAGAAUAUUUAACAUUGGCUGCGGUGGACCUGUUCGGAGUCUAUGUUUGAUGGGGUCAAAUAGGGUUGUAAUUCAACAGGAGGGUGAAAUAUCAAUCAUGGAUAUUGAUGCAAUCUCUGAGACAAGCACAUCAGCCCCCUCAAAUGAACUGAUCCAAGUUGACCCCCCAGAGUUGCGGUUCCUAGUUGUCCAAGAGGUGUCAAGCCCACUGAAGAUCACCAAUAUUACUGAUCACCACGUAGCUUUCACUAUAUGGUCAUCAACCAAUAGAGCGGACUACAAUGCAUUGCCUACCAAAGGAGUUCUAUCACCUAAUGCGACGGUACAAGUUGUUGUAACAAGAGUUGCACAUGACUGGGUACCAGCAGACCUCGCACCUGAGGAGGUAGUCUACGUGAAGGGCAUCGUCGUGGUCGAGGGUUUAGAUGCCAAAGAUGUCACUUAUGACAUGUUCAAACCAAAGACAGGCCGAAUUGUGCAUGAGGUGGAGCUGGAUGUUGUUUCUGUAGCCUCGGAGAUUAUACCAAACAUAAGGUUACCCUGGACCUUAGAUGUCCAUCCAACAGAGCCAUGGAUAAUGACCACUCAAGGAGAUUACCACGUUCAUAUAUGGAACUAUGAGACACGGGAAGCUAAACCUAUUGCUAUCAAGGGGAGAGAAGUUACUUCGGCUAAAUUUAUAGCAUUCAAGCAGUGGAUCAUGGCGGGUUGUUCUAGUGGACUCAUCUAUGUGUACAGUUACAGUCCGGUAAACAAGAAUCCAAUGAAGAAAAUCCGAGUGCUGCAACGACCCUCAAAACCUGUCCAUUCUUUGGCUGUUCAUGCAACUGAACCUUCAUCAAAAUCUGUCAAUUCUUUGGCUGUUCAUGCAACUGAGCCUUACGUGCUGUCAGCAUUCCAAGAUGGCAAAAUUUUGAUCUGGAAUUAUGAGAAUGACUGGGAGCUAAUUAAAACAGUUAAUGCCAAAAGCCUUCCUGUAGAGCUUGUCGAGUUUAACGACUAUGGAGAGUUAAUGAAAAUAUUUCAUGCCAAAAGCCUUUCUGUGGGGCAAGUCGCGUUUAGCCCAGAGGACACUGAUAUGUUUGCUAGUGCCCAGGAAAAUACAAUAAAGAUUUGGAACCUGCAUUCCGGUGAAUGUAAGGACAUAUUGUCUGGGCAUUCUGGUUUGGUGGUGUGUUUGGAUUACUUCCAUCUGGGUGAUAAGCUACACUUGAUCACUGGUUCACAAGACAGAACUGCCAAGAUCUGGGACUGCGAGACUGGAAGGUGUGUUCAGACCUUGAAAGGGCAUAUGGAUGUUGUUAAGAGUGCUUGUUGCCAUCCGGAUCUUUCAAUACUAAUUACAGGUUCAGGGGACGGGUCAGUUCGUCUGUGGGACUCCAACACUUUCCGACAUGAGCGUACACUCAGCCUUGACCUCGGAGAAGUGUAUGCCAUAGCAAGUUUGAAGGGAACACCAAGGAUCGUGAUUGGAAAUGAAAAAGCUUUAGUACUGGUAGAUAUAGACCUGGAAGGCAGGAAAUAUGGUGGUGUGCAGAGCACCAAAGGAUUAGCACGGCUAGAAAUAGACCUGGAGGACAAGGAUCGCAGUGCGGAGAACACCGUCGCGGUCAUGGAUUCCACGAAAGACACAUGUCAAAUGAGCGAAGAGAUAAGCUCAUCGACUGUCCCAAGUGAGCUGAUCAAGGUUGACCCCAUCCAGUUGCGCUUCUCCGUUGCACGAAUCGUGUCAAGUACAUUGAAGAUAUGCAACGUUACUGAUUACCAUGUGGCUUUCAGUAUAAAUUCAAAUAACAAUAAUACAGCAAAGUGCACCAUAUUGCCGAGCAAAGGAGUUCUGUCAUCACAGUCAACGCUAGAUCUUCUCGUAACUUAUUCUUUUCCAAAAAAACGCAAAAGCUUAGAACCCAAGGUGCUCACUGUGAAGAGCACCGUCGUAGAGGAGAGUUUUAUGACCAGAGAUAUCAUACAUGAUUUGUUCAAAACAAAGAGGGGCCGAAAUGUGCAUCGCAUGGAGCUGGCCAUAGUGUUUGUAGCCUUCAAGACCAUAUCCAAAGUAAAGUCAGUGUCGACAAUAGACGUGCAUCCAACAGAUCCAUGGAUGGUCAUUACUCAAGGAGACAAGUUUUUCCAAAUGAACUACCAUGCAAAGGAAGUGGAAUUGGUUGAGUUGAAGGGGGGAGAAGUUAGUUUGGCUAAAUUUAUAGCCCGCGAGCAAUGGAUUUUGGCUGGUUUUACUAGUGGACUCCUCUGCGUGUACAGUUGUGAUUCACAAAAUAGACUCCAUGUUCUACAUGAACACUCAACAUCUAUCAAGUCUUUAGCUAUCCAUGCAACUAAGCCAUAUGUGCUGUCAGCAUCCCGUGAUGGUAAAAUUUUGCUGUGGGACUAUGGAAAGGACCGGCAAUUGAUAAAAACAUUUGAUGCCAAUAGUUGGCUUGAUAAAGGCGAAAUUGUGGAGCAAGUUGCAUUUCACCCCAAGGACAACGAUUUGUUUGCCAGUGCCCAAGGCAAUACAGUAAAGUUUUGGAAUCUGCAUUCGGGUGAAUGUAAGCACAUACUGUCUGGCCAUUCAGAUUCAGUGGUGUGUUUGGAUUACUUCAAUCUAGGUCACAAGCUAUACUGGAUCACCGGUUCACAAGACAGAACUGCCAAGAUCUGGGACUGCGAGACAUGGAGGUGUGUUCAUUCACUGAAAGGGCACAUGGAUGUUGUUAACAUUGCAUGUUGCCAUCCGGACCUUCCAGUACUCAUUACAGGUUCAUGGGACGGGUCAGUUCGUCUAUGGGACUCCACCACCUUCAGGCUUGUGCGUGUGCUGAAGUUUAAACUCGGAAAAGUGAAUUCUAUAGCAUGUUUGAAGGGGUCAACGAGCAUAGCGAUUGGGCAUGAGAAAGGAUUAGUGCUGGCAGACAUAAGGCCCCGAGAAGGUGGUUUGAGCAACUGAACGAAAACCAAAAGGUUAAUGCGAGCCACUGGAGUAAAUCAAGAUGGUUGAAGAAGGCUAAAGAACUGUGAUAUUCUUGUGAAUCUGAUUGGGUUGAUUCAAUUCGAAACGGCAAAUGGACUAAAGAAUAGUGAUCCAUGCAUUUAAUAUUCCCCUUUUCUUUCUAAACAUGUUUGUUAUUGGCAUGUCUUUAAGCACAUUUGAUUCGCUGGAGGAAUCGGACAUCCUUCUUUUAUUCAUGGCAUGUCGUUUGUGUACUCCAUGUUAGCUUCACUUUGCA